AUUCCUCCCCGCCUCCGCCACACUGCACACGUCUCAGUUCCUUAGCCGAGCGUAGCUUCCCUUCAACCCCAGCAUCCGAGUUCCAGCACCUUUUCCACUACUCGGGGUCGGCGUCGCUGGAAAGAGACCGAUUUUAAGGUGUCGUAGUUCUUCUUCGCAGCUGCAUUUGGUUGAAGAACAAAUUUGCUGCUAAGAUGGUUGAGGUCCUCUUUGAUGAUAUAUUUAGGGUGGAGCAAUUGAAUCCUCCAGAAGGCAAAAAAGCAUUUGAUAGAGUUACACGCAUUGAAGCAAAAAGUGAAAGGUUUGACAUGUUUAUGCACCUAGACAUCAAUUCCGAAAUAUAUCCUUUACAAGUAGGACAAAAGUUUGCCCUUUUACUGGUUCCAACACUUAACCCAGAAGGAAAAUCGGACACUGGCUAUUAUGUUCCGGGCAAUCGAGAAUCACUGGCUGACAAGUUUGAAUAUGUAAUGUAUGGGAAGCUUUAUAGAAUUUCUGAAGGUUCAGGACGGGACAAAGCGGAGAUAAAUAUAUCUUUUGGUGGGCUUCUAAUGAUGCUGGUGGGGGACCCUUCUCAUUGCAACAAGUUUGAGCUGGAUCAGAGACUGUAUCUUCUAAUUAGGAAAGUGUGAAAAUGUUGUAAUGUGCUAAGGGGAUGAUGCGAACCUUUCAUUUCAAGUAACCAGACUAUGACUUCUUACCUAAGUGGAGAAACUUGUGGAAUCUUGAUGGCUUUGACAUAUUUAUUAUCAUGUAAUAAAGUGGGACCCCAAUAUCUGGAGGAAUGUAUGCUUGUGAAUGAUCCAGGCUAAUUUAGUUGGCUGGACACUGAUGUGGUAA